GGUGUUCAGACGUUUCAUAUUUUUAGAGAAUCAAAAUCCAAAAAUCAUCAAGAGAUCACAAGAAUGGCCAUCCUACGAGCUACUGCAAAUGUCUGCAAGAGUUUGGAGAAAGAUUUUAAAGAGCCAGCAAAGCUGGAUGUACCUGGACUGGCAUUGGCCUGCAAACGCAAGGAGUAUGAAAGUAAUUUUGAAAAAGGCAUAAAAAUGAUCUGCUAUCACAAUGUGAUGAUAGACUUGAAGCACCCCAGCAGUGAGAAACACCAUUUUGACAGUGAGAAAUUUAAAGAUGGGAAAGAACUUAUAAUCAAUGGAAUAAAACAAACCAACCAAAAUGUUUCAAGUGGGAAAUUUGAUGCUGCCAGAACGGCACUUGGGGGAAUUCUGCAUACUUUACAGGAUUUCAACAGUCACAGUAACUGGAUUGAGCUGGGAAAUGACAAACCUUUCAGUGAUCUCAUCAAUCCAGAUAAACAACUAACCAACCUUGCAGAUGGCAUGAAUACAUGUGAGGAGAAUAAUAAAGAUAAAAAGUCUGGGGCAAAACUUCUACAAAGCAUCAUUGAUAAAAAGAUUCUUACAUCAGGAUACUUUGGGUUAAAGAAACCAAAAGGAAAGUGCAGUCAUGGAGGUCUUUUAGAUUUCACCACUGGUAUUGGGAAAGGAUGGGACGGUAUGAAUAAGGAUUACACUGAAUCCAACAAAGGCCACGGUGCUCAACAUAACAAAGCUGCAAAAGUUGCCAUUGAUGCCACUGUUGAACUGCUGGAGAAGAUCUUACAAACAAUUACAGGGCCCAACUUCCUCAGACUGGUGGGACUUCAUGAGGACAAGAUUGCAGGAAAUCCUUCCAUUCCUACAAUUGACUUAAAUUCAAGAUAUCCGGAUGCAAACAAGCCAGAUCAAAUGGUGUAAAAGUAAACAUUAAUCAUAAUUGAUAAUAUGUUUCUUCCUGUUAUAUUUGUCUUCUAUGAUUCUUAAAG